AUGCCUUCAUCAGUUUCUUAUCUUUUUGCUGUCUUUUUUGUAUCAAUUCUCUUUGCGAAGCUGUUGCAUUUGUAUAUCCACAUCCACUCGAUUACAGCCAUAGACUUUGUGGUUUACCUACCGACCUUCUUUCUACAAGAUGUCUUCCUAGUUCUCUUCGCCCGCCUGCUACUGCGCAAAGAGCGAACAAUCCCUUCCUUGAUCGGUUACGUUCUUGGAUGCAUAUUCACUUUGAUAACGUUUGUCGCUGCCGCCUCCGAACUCGGCUUCCACUACCGAACAGGCGGCGAAGUCGAAUGGAGCGACGCUGGCGAUUUUGCCAACGACGAAGGCCUCAAUGUCCUAAUUAGCGAGAGCAGCAGUGUGUUGGUAUCUGGAUUGAUUAUUCUCAUUGUCUCAUGGUUGCCUCAAAACUACCUCUAUAGGGUCGUUGGCAACGUGGUGACUGGACUCGGUAAACACAUUGCUUCAGUUUCACGACACCUGCGAUCAAAGAUUCGCCCACAGAGCCAUCAACAGCAGGACAUCGAGAACAUCGAACCUUUCCUGCGGCGCACCAAUAGCGCAGGUUCCGUUUCUUCUAUCGGCCGUACUGCACCCAACGAAGAGGAAGAAAAGGAUUCAGAGGAUGAUACACCAAAACGGCGUAGAUGGUGUGCCUUUCUUCCCUCUUGGGUCGUCACGACCAUCGUCGUUCUCUUCAUCGGCAUUACAACCAUCGUUCGCCCUGAUCAGCCAUACAACCAUAUGGCGAGUAGUUUACCUCUACGAUUACUCGAUUCAGUCAGACCAAGCCUUGGACUUUGUGCGUCUAUGAACGAUUGGCCUCUGAAAGACCUUAUCGAGCGCCCGAAAUGGAGUGAACCCAAGGGCGACUUCAAGGGGUGGGCUCCCAGCAAAGAGAACAACGAACAUAUCAAGCAGUACAGAGAAAACCCUCCAAAGUGGUUGCCCAAUCCUAUUCCCAGCGGCUUUCUCAAGUGGGAUCCAGAGCGGUACAAGGACGAGCAUGACAAGCAGGACGGCCCCAGCGAUGCGUGCCCGAAUACGUUGCAGGACAAGGGCUUCUACAACCCUGUCAACGACCCAAUGCGAAUCACUAACCUCGACGAGGAUAUUCUGGCUCCUAUUAAGGAGGCACUCUCUAACAACUCAGUCAAGAUUAGACACGUCGCUCUUAUUCUGAUGGAGAGUAUGCGCGAAGAACUCUUCCCAUUACAACAAGGCACCGAUAUUCACCGAUUUAUCAUGGAGUCGCACGAGGAGAAGUUGAGGGAUGAGAUUAAUAGCCGAGUAUCACGUAUGACACAAAACUUCGAGAAGAUCACCGGAAAACCCGGCAACUACGAAAGUGCAAAUGGCAGCACCUACGAGCCUCCCGAGAAGCAAGUAUGGAAUGACCAGACGAGACCCGGCUAUGGCGGUAUCAACGUCGUAGGAGGCCUUACAACAAGCAGUGUCUCGACGAAGAGUCUUGCUGCGGCCCAUUGCGGAGCUUGGCCCAUGGCUGUCAACAUGUUCGAGGAGGCCGAGCUCGAGAGUUAUCAGCCCUGUAUUCCUCAGGUCCUUGAACUGUUCAACAAGAUCAAAACCAACAAGACAGAGAAACGAGAGUGGUGGGGAUUUGGUGGAUCUGAGCAAGCUAAGUUCCACGAGUACCAGUGGAAACCCGCAUUCUUCCAGGCCGUUACCGACUCUUAUGAUCGACAAGAUAAGUUCGAUGCCAAGAUUGGCUUUGAUUUCAAGGUGACGAAGCCAAAGCUGGACGAGGAGGCCCGCACUAAACCUGAGAUGGCGGAGAUCAACUAUUUUGGCUACCCCGAAACCGAUCUCAAGGACCACAUCAAGAAAUUCAUCACCGAUGGUCUUGCGGAAGACAAGCGUCUGUUUAUGUCCCACUUUACCAGCACAACACAUCACCCUUGGGGCGUCCCGAAGUGGUUCGAAAAAGAAAAGUAUAUGGGUAAGGAGGGAGUCAAUCACCAAGAUUUCGACAAGUAUCUCAACACGAUCCGCUUCACUGACGCAUGGCUCGGUGAGCUCAUGCAAAUGUUUGACGAUACCGGAAUCGCGGAUGAGACUCUAGUUGUCUUUGUCGGCGACCAUGGGCAGGCUUUCAAGGAGGAUUUCUCAAAGACGGGCACAUACGAAAACCGACACAUCAGCAACUUCAGGGUCCCCAUCUCUUUCCGCCAUCCAAGCAUUCCUCGGGUCCAGUACGAGGCCAACGUAACCUCCAUUUCCAUCCUCCCUACCGUUCUUGACCUCCUCAUCAACUCGGGAUCACUCAACAAGGAGGAUUCUGCAAUUGCAUCUGACCUUGCCAACGAUUACGAGGGCCAGUCCCUUAUUCGGCCCUAUCAAAAAUCCAAAGACGGUCGCCGUGCGUGGAACUUUGGGCUUAUCAACCCGGGCGGUGGUAUGCUCACAGUAACAUCGGCCGACGUGCCCUGGAGACUGGCAGUUCCUUUAAAGAAAGACCUCGAAUUCACAUUCACAGAUCUUAGCCAAGAUCCUUUAGAGCUAGACGCUCUAGACAAGUGGACUAUCAAGUCCACGAUCAAGGCGGUGAAGCGCAAGUACGGCAACGAAGCCGCUGACUGGGUGCGCGAAGCCAACGAAGUAGCCCACUGGUGGGCUCUGGAGCGAAGAAGGCUUUGGGGAUACAACCCCAAAGAGGAGUAA